UUCAAACUUGAUACUGAUCUCUCUACACACCCCGUGAUCUCCAAAACAACAUAACAAAGUGGGGGAAAAACCAACAUGGCGAGCGGAGAGGAGGCCAGAAGACGCCCCUCGGUUACCUCCUCUUCGGUCGGCCUGGAGGCUCUGUUCCCCGCCGGGACCUCGGAGCAGGCCUGCGGGGACGGAAACCCGGAGCUCGUCCGCCUGCGAGAGCGUCUACAGGGCUGGCUAUCGCAGUACGAGUCCCCGCUGCUGUGGAUGCAGAGGCUGCUGGUGUGGGAGAGGCCGUUGUACAGCAUCUCUGUCGCCUUGACACUCAACACAUUAUUCUGGCUCCUGUCCUCCACCUCCCUGCGGCCUCUGUUCCUGUUGAGUGUGUCCCUGCUGGGACUUAUGCUACUGGAGAGAUGGAAGCCCAAGUUGCCCAUCAUUACUGUUCAACAUGCGGAGGCUGCCCCUGUACAAAGUGAAACAAUGAGCGCGGAGCAGCGACUGCUCAGUAUUCCUGAGCUCAGCCACCAUCUGGCUGAGAGCUACUUGACCUGUUGUCUGUACCUGCAGGAGAUGCUGCAGUACAAACGGCAGAACCAUGGCAAGUUCUGUGUGAUGAUGUGCAGUGGCUGUUUUGUUCUUGCCGUGGUUGGACAUUAUGUUCCAGGAAUCAUGAUCUCCUAUAUUAUAGUGCUGAGCGUGCUGUUGUGGCCGCUGGUGGUGUAUCACGAACUGAUCCAGCGGAUGUACACCGGCUUGGAGCCAAUCCUGAUGAAACUGGACUACAGCAUGAAGGGAGAUACCGAGCACCGCAAGCAUGACAAGAGGAAGGUGAAGAAGGAGUUGGAAGAGGGGGACGAGCCAAGAGCUGAAACGGAGAGCGAGAGUGAGGAGGAGCUGUCCUGCUUUGCCCCGACGGUGGAUGUGAAGACCACGGCCCUGGCGAUGGCUAUCACGGACUCCGAGUUGUCGGAUGAGGAGGCGUCCAUCUUGGAGAGUGGAGGGUUCUCCGUGUCCAGAGCAACCACACCUCAACUCACGGAUGUCUCUGAAGAUCUGGACCAGCAGAGUUUACACAGCGACCCAGAGGAGGCCUAUCUGCGGGAUCUCCCUGAGUUCCCCUCAGUUGAGGAAUUCCCAUCCAUUGAGCAUAGCCUGCUCCACUUUCCUCUGCGAGGCCCCGGCCAGGGAGACGGAGCCCAGGCUGGCGCUCCCUCAGAGGGGGAACCGUUGAGCCCCGCCAGCCUCCUCAUCCAGCACCUCGCAUCCCCGCUCCACUUUGUGAACACACACUUCAAUGGACAUGGACGACCACCUGGGGGUGAGGCGAGCUUGUUGCCUGUGCCAGGCGCAGGGGAGGAAGCGGGGAGACAGGGGGGAGACGGGAAGGAAGCCGAAGUAACCCACGGCGCACAGCGCUCUUUGGAGGCCUUGAGCGAGGAGAUAGUGAGCACGGCUAUCUCCACUGUGGUGCAGAACACUCUGUCAGCCCUGCUGCGCUCCAGCGAGGCUAGCGAGGAACCCACCCUGGCUGAGUUCCUUCCCACCGAAACCCCACCGGGCGCUCUGGAGACCUCCACCCAACCAACCGACACCACUGCUCACACUACAAUUGCCACAAUAGGAGCGCUGGGGCCCGAUGAGGACCUGGAUGAGGCGAUAACGACAGAAAGCGGCGGUGGUGAGGAGAUGCCUGAUGACACACUAGUUCCGACCGAGGAAGAGGACUUUGAGCUUCUGGACCAAAGUGAACUGGAGCAGUUGGAUGAGGGGCUGGACCUCAGCUCUGAUAGACAGGUGGUGGGUGGAGCCUCAGGAGCUCCAGACACACCUCCAUCUCCUCAACAUCAACCACAGUCAUAGCUUCCCUGUUACCUCCCCGCCCCCCGCCCCCGUCUUCAACUGUUUUUGUUUUUAUUUGUACGUUAGAAUGACAUAUACAUGCAUACAUACAUACUGCUAUAUACAAAACAUUUAUCAAAGAGUUUGGCGUUUAAUACUGUUGGUUGGUGAUUGUGUGGCAGAUGGUUGAGAUAACUAUGUGCGUUCUGUUUUCAUAGCCUCAAAUUUACAGGGGUCUGUUCUGCCUUGGUACCUGAGCUGUUUCUAGUUCAGGACCAUCACAUUAUGGGGAUCAUCAGUUAUUAUCAAGUGGCAUUCAUAAUGACACAGCAUUGAUCUGAAGAGUAAUUUUUGUGGUGUUAAACUGCCUGCUGGCCUGAUAGUACCAUGUUUGAUGAGAGCGGGUUUAAGGCAGAGCCAAGUUGGGUUAACAGUUAUAGAGACAUUAUUGUCAGGGGGUCUGGGCUCCGAGUUUUGCUCGAUCAUCUAGCACUGAAAUUUGCUCGAUAAUUUAGCAAGCUAAUUUCCCACUGCGUAGCGAAACACCUGCCCAGGUUCAGCCUCAUGUCACAAUAAUGAUAGCUUUAUUUUCAAACCCUUCCACCUUGUUUUCUGUCAGACGCCAGAUGUUUAUCCAGAUGGUGUUGCGGAGAGUUGAGAUGUUGGAUUAUAUAACUAUUAAUAUAUGCUAUAAAUUAUUUAAUUUAACGGUCAGUCAAUGAAACUUAAUUGUUGUGCUGACAGGGAGUUUAAAAGUAAGUUUUAUCCCUUCAGUUGCCCUUAAUGAUUGUAUGAUAAGCAUUGACAUCCAGGUUUAAAAUGUAAUUGCAUAUUCCCAGAGUUAGACUUAGUAAAACAAUAGUAUUAUCCAUCACUUUAUCCUUAAAUCCAAGGUUACAGAUUUGACAUUAGUGGUCUUUCACUUGUUGCCUGGAAAUUGAAACUUAAUCUUUGACAUUGUUGGAUGUUGACAAGUAGUAGAUCUCUACCCAUACAAGUGACUUUGGUGUGGCAAGAUAAAACGUUCCCGACUUCCCUCUCUGUGA